AUUAAUCCGUACGCCACCAUUUGCCAACGUCGGUUCUAUUUACGAAUGGGAUUUUCGAGGCUUUUAUGGCGCAAUUAUCGCCGAUUUCGUCUGUCUUAAUGAUGCAGCAAAAGCAAGAGGUCGGACUCCUACCUCUACCUUUCGUCGGAGGGGAUAAGGAAGAGAACGGCUGUAAAAUGAAAGGAUUUAACAGGAGAGCGGCGACUAAAGCUGUUAAACAAAGAUUGAUUAAAAAGAGGGACAGGGAUUUCUUGCCAAAUGUACCAAGCUUAUCCAUAGGAUUUUCAUUAAGAUCUCUUCAAGGUCCCAAUUUACAAGAAAGAAUUGAAAAGUUUAAAAAGUGGCAUGAAGGAUUUUAUAUUGAAAAAUUAAGUCAAUUGAUGCCAGAAGAAGAACCUCUUGAAAAGGAGGAAAAAGCUCAAGUUCAACAUUAUCGUUAUACAACGCAUACGCAUUUACAUCCUAUUGCUUAUACCGAACGUCUAGACGAACAAAUAAUAUGGGAGAAAAGUAAGGCAGAAGUCGAGUCCCCUCAUCCCGGUCCAAAUAUCCGUGAAAUUCCGCCACCUAGUGCUGGCACAUGGAAAACUUGGCGAGGUGUUGACGAUUCCUAUGCUUACACGAAUGCUCGAAGUUACAUUAGCGAGCAAAACUUAAUGCCACCAGAAAAGGAGAAGAGAAUUCAGUUCUGGUUAGAUAAAGUUGAAGAAAAUAGAGAAUUUUUCCAAAUAUAUGACCCAAAUGAUCGUCCACUUGAUACGGAAGAGGAGAAAGAUGAAAUUGAUGAACACGAUGAAAUCGAUAAGAACAGUAUUACCUACAGGGCGCUCCAUAAUUUGUUAUAA